UUUAUGAUAAAUCUUGUAGAAGGAGCAUUUGUUGUUUCUGAUGAGUUUAAUCUAGCCUAUUUUGAUCUGUUAAAGAAUGCAUACAAUGAAGGUAACAUAUAAAAUCCAAAUUUAAGGCAAUGCAGCAUAAAUUUAUAACUUAUUUUCUACAGACACUCAAAAGGCUACUUCAUUAGUGAUCUUUUCUUCACAGAUAGAAGCUAUCAGAAAUAGAUAGGGAAGCAUUUCUUACUGGGCCUAUUCAACUGUUGAUAUAAAAAAACCAAGCGUUCUCUUAGGCUUUUAAAAACAUUUGGGAACUGGUACUUUAUUUUGGUCGUAUGAUCAAAAAGGUAAAAUUAACUCUUUCAGUAUGAAUGAUCAUAUCUAGCCAUCAAUGAUUUAAUGGAUAAAGCAUUAUCCUAAUAAAUUCUCGUUUUCAGCUAUUGCAGAUAACAAAGUAAUAGCAGACUAUUUCGGUUCAAGAGAAUAAACCUUGAUGAGUGUUUUCAAAAUAAUUGUUGCCAUUGAAUAUUGCAAACAAUUAAACGAAGGUAAAUUAAAUGAAGAAGAUUGGAUUAAUUUAAAUGAAGUUAAUAAAUUUUAUAUAAAAGAAUUAGAUCUGUCUCAUACAAAUUUUUUGUAAAUUUGGGAACAAUAAGGCAAGAUAAAAGAAGGGUAAUUGUAACUAAAGGAGAUUGCAAUAGGAAUGAUAGCAUUAAGUUCCAAUGCUUGUACUGAAUACCUACAAACUCUUGUGACUUUACAAUCUAUUGAAAAUACCGUAAAUUAAUUGGGAUUAAAAUAAAGUUAAAUCUUCUAUUUAUGCUCGUUUUUAUUGGUAUUCACAAAAGACGAAUAAAGUAAUAAGGAAGAUUUCAUUUAAAAUAUUCAGAAUCUAUCUGCAAAUGAGGUAUAUUUAAAAAGCAUGGAGAUACAUGAUUAGUUGAUUCAAAAUAAUGAUUAAGCUAAAGAUUAUUUGAGUAGAGGUAAGCAAUUAUUAGAUGGGGAGAUUUUAAAAAUUCAAUCAAAAUAUUUCACAAAAUCAACUACUUCAGAAUACUCGAAAAUGCUUGAUAAAUUAAAUAAUGGUUUUUGGUUUAAUGAGCAGUUCUAUUCACGUUUUUAUGCUUUGAUGGGAUAUGUCUCUCUAUAAAAUCCUGCUUUGGCUAAGGAAUAUGAUCAUGUCGGAGUAUAAAUUUCUUGUAAUAUCUUAGGUUAAGGGUGGAUCUUCAGCUAUUUAAGGAGAUGAUUUCUGUGUAUUAACAAUUGGAUUAUUUUAAUAAUUGAAGAAGGCUGUUCCAUUCAAAAGAACUGCUAUAGCUUUUUUCAUUGAAUCUUUGGAUUAUGAAACUGAAUUUAAAUUAAUCUUAGAAUAAUACAAUGAAUUUAUCGCUCUGAUAAGUUUGAAUGGAUUAUAUUUGGAGGCGGUUUCUAAAGAGAUAGCUUAAGAUCAAAUUUUGUUGUGA